UUCUAGAUGUCACCAAACAAUUUUCUAGAUGUAAUAAUUACUGUAAUAGGCUACUACUAUUACAUAGGAAAUCCAACAGGCUCACCUAAGAAUAAUUAUAGUCAUUAAAUUAAAAUGGGUUUAAGUUAUCUUUUCUGUGCUGAAGAAGAGGAAGAGGCAAAAAGUGAUCUUAAGUCUUAACUAUCUCACAUUCUCUCAUUGUAUAUAUAAAAUCACUUCACAUCAACACUCCUCAAAAUCACUUCAUGCAUGCAGAUGCAGAUAAUGGCAAACAUAACACACUUAGAUGAUGAUGAACAACCUUUUCUCUUCCCACUCACAAACUCCAAAGUGCUCCCUGACCCUUCAAAGUUCUUCUCUAAAAACCUUUUCUCUUCUGCUUUGCCUACAAACUCAUUCUUCCAGAACUUCGUCCUCAACGAUGGCAACAAUAAAGAGUACAUUCACCCUUACCUCAUCAAACCCUCUGAUUCCUCUCUUUCUAUCUGCUACCCUUCUCUCUCUGUCUCCUCUCAUUCCAUGCACCAAGUCUUCACACCUGAUCUCACUAUAUCUUCCUCAACAAGUUCUCUUUCUCGCCAUGUAAUAUCUUCCUUCAGUGAUCUCAGUGUCACUCUUGAUUUUCCCUCUUCCAAUCUCACUUUCUUCCUUGUUAGGGGAAGCCCUUAUGUUACUGUUUCUUUGUCUCGAAAUGAAUCUCUUUGUAUAACUUCCAUACACAGUUUCUCUUCUUUUUCUUCAAAUGGUUCACCCAACAAGUAUUCUCUUAAACUUGGCAAUGGUCAGAAUUGGCUUAUCUAUACUUCUUCACUGAUCAAAUUUAGUUUCAGCCAUGACUUGAAGCUCACUUUCUCCAAUAAUUCCUCUGAUGGGGCUCCUGUGAUGCUUCGGAUAGCAGUUAUACCAGAUUCAAGUUCAAAAACCGAGGUUGUUCUUGACAAGUACAGUUCUUGCUACCCUCUUUCUGGGGAUGUUUUGUUCAAUAAGCCAUAUUGUGUUGAAUACAAAUGGCAGAAGAAAGGUUUUGGCAAUUUGUUGAUGCUAGCUCACCCUCUCCAUCUUCAACUUCUGUCUAAAGAUGAGGGUAAUGUGAAUGUUCUUGAACAUUUUAAGUAUAGAAGCAUUGAUGGGGACCUUGUUGGUGUUGUUGGAGAUUCAUGGUUAUUGGAAACUGAUCCUGUUCCUGUGAAUUGGCAUUCCAACAGAGGACUGAAAGAAGAAUCCUAUGAUGAAAUCAAAUCAGCACUUUCUAAAGAUGUUGAGGAUCUAGAUUCUUCUGCAAUAACAACUACUUCAACUUACUUUUAUGGGAAAUUGAUAGCAAGGGCAGCAAGGUUGGCUUUGAUAGGAGAAGAGGUUGGUUUUCUUGGUGUGGUUGCUAAGGUUAAAAAGUUCUUGAGUGAAACCAUUGAUCCAUGGCUAAAUGGAACUUUCAAUGGCAAUGGAUUUCUAUAUGAUGAGAAAUGGGGCGGAAUUGUUACCAAACAAGGUUCGACUGAUCCAGGUGCUGAAUUUGGCUUUGGAGUUUACAAUAAUCACCAUUAUCAUUUGGGAUACUUUCUCUAUGGGAUUGCAGUGCUAGCAAAGAUUGAUCCAAAAUGGGGUAAGAAGUACAAGCCUCAAGCCUAUUCAAUUAUGUCAGAUUUUAUGAACUUAGGAGGAGGAAAGGCUGAACAUUAUCAUUCAACUUUGAAUCAUUAUCAUUACACACGUUUAAGGUGUUUUGAUCUUUACAAAUUGCACUCUUGGGCCGGAGGACUAACCGAAUUUGCUGACGGAAGGAAUCAAAUGGGCACAAACAGCAACAGUGAAGCUGUAAAUAUUUACUAUUCUGCUGCAUUGAUGGGACUAGCUUAUGGUGACCUGCAUCUUGCUUCCAUUGGAUCAACUCUUGCAUCAUUGGAGAUUCAUGCUGCUAAGAUGUGGUGGCAUGUGAAAGAGGGUGAUAAUCUCUAUGAAGAUGAUUUUGCAAAAGACAAUAAGUUAGUUGGUUAUCUUGCUGCUAACCAUAGACUUGAUCUAAUACGCUGUUAUCAAAGUGAGAGGGAGUGUAAGAUUGGCUUUCAUGUUUUACCCUUAUUGUCUAUUACUGAGUUCUUAUUCUCCAAUGUUGAUUUUGUUAAGGACCUUGUGAAGUGGUCACCAUCUCUGUAUACAGUAGGAGACGGAUGGAUGGGGUUUGUGUAUGCACUUGAAGGAAUUUAUAACAAUAAAGUUGCAUUGGAGAAGAUUAGAAGCUUAAAGCGUUUUGAUGCUGGCAACACAUUGAGCAAUCUCUUGUGGUGGAUUCACAGCAGACAUGAUUAUAGAAAAAUGGGAUCCUGUCAUGAGAAACAAUGUUGCAUUGGAUAAAAUAUUUGUUUUCUUUUUUGUUGA